GAACGCACUUGGGUUAGUUUCGAUUUACGCUGUGUUGAAGUAGCGAACAAGUAAGCAGAGGGCAGAUGAAAUAGUCUUAUGCAAUGUAACCGUGUAGUAAACAUAUGUGCUUCAUUAACCUACAUGUACCUGUUCAUUGACAAGAAUUGUUGGAUAGUGAACUCAGUGCAGGCCAUGCUUGCGCAGAUCCUCGUGCACAUGCAUCUGAGGCUGAUGUCCUGUAACAUUAAUCAUGUUUACUCUCAGAAUAAGAUAAUUUAAGCUGUGAAGACCAUGACCAACAUCACAAUAGUCUCCGCAUUCUCAGACAACUCCAGUACCGUCCAAACUACCGAUACACAGUCCAUAGACUCCAUCAUCGAAGUCGUCUGUAACAGAUACAUCGCACCUGUUAUCUGCGCCAUUGGAAUUAUAGGAAACAUCAUCAACUAUAUAGUCCUAUCAAAUAGAAGACUGAAAAAAGGUUCCUACAUGUAUCUGAAAGCAUUAACUCUCUUUGACCUUAUGGCGCUGUUAUUUUCUAUUCCAUACAUGCUGCUAGGUGUCGGAAGCACGGAUUAUUUCUGGAUAUGGUAUUCCUUGUACAUUUUCCUGCCUAUGGUGAAUUUUUUCACUACAUGUAGUAUAUGGAUUACGGUAGUUAUGGGAAUAGACAGAUUUUUCUUUGUGAGGAACCCAAAAUGGUCAAGGCGCAGGAAUUGGAAAUUAAAGACACAGAUCAAGAUUUUUGCAGUAAUUACAUUUGCGGUCAUAAUUUGUGUUCCAAAAUUUUUUUGCUAUGAAAUUCUCGAAGAGGGCGAAAUAACAAGGAUCAAAGAUUCCGAAUUUCGCCAGAGUCUGUUUUACCAUUACAUGGAGAUAAUUUCCACCGGCGCACUUCAUUUUGUUCCUUUAUUCAUCUUGUCUGUGGUCAAUGUAUAUUUGGUUAAAAAGCUUCAAUCUGCCGCAAAUGUCAGAAAAUUGACUUCCAACAUAAACCAUGAUGUAGAGCUGCAAAGGUCACAGAGAAUAUUUACAGUGACCCUUGUCAGUAUCGUCAUCCUCUCGAUCAUGUUCAUACUUCCGGCGUCAAUUGUCGACAUUUUUUGGUAUGUUGACGAUAACUUUCCACAUGUUAGAAGCAUGAGAAACAUUUCAAAUCUAUUGCUAUGGUGCAAUCUCUCCAUCAACUGCUUUUUAUACUGUAUAUUUAAUCGACAGUAUCUUCAAGUUUUUAAGUACGUGAUAGACAGAGGAUGUGAUCGAGUUAGACGAUCGCCGACAAGGUCCACGGAGAUUCAAAUGGCUUAGAACUAAAGAGCGCAUUUCAUUAUCAACAGCAAUAUGUGCACUGUAAUGUUGCAUUCCUUUAACGUACAAUAUCAAACUUUUUUUUUUUACAUUAGUGAACUAUAACACAAAAAACCCUUUUUUUCGAGUUUGCUACGUUUGAAUUUUUGUUCGUACAAGAACAAAAAUAUG